AAAGAGGCGACAGAGUGAAAAAGCCUGUCAUACCUGUCUAAAGUGUGAGUCCUGCCUUCAUUGCUUGCAGCCAUUGUAAAAUCCAGUGAAUGUCUUUGAUUGGACGUGCCAAAACCACGUCCUCAGUAUACUGCGCAAUCUUGGAAGUAUUUCACAAAUGUUUGAUGGCUUACUGUAGAGUCGGCAAGAGCUGAGUGAAGUUUGAAUAAGUAAGCAUCAUAUAUGAUUUUCCUUCUCUUACGGGACGCUACCAUCGAGCCCAGCUAUGGAUGCUUCCAAUGUAUUCAUGCCUUGUUGUGAGGGAUAUUUGGCCUUAAUAUGCGCUGUAAUUUCUAUCGUUUUUAUCGGCUGGUUCAUCCGAGACUCCCUCAAGCUCGACAGCUUCCAUACCAAGCAUGUGUUCAUCACCGGCUGCGACAGCGGCUUCGGGAACCUGCUGGCCAAAAGUCUGGACCGUAAGGGCUUCAACGUGAUAGCCGCGUGUCUGACGGAGCAGGGCGCCUCGCAGCUCUCCUCCGGGGCCUCCCGCAGACUCAAGACGGUGCUGCUCGACGUCACCAACGCCGAGAGUGUCCGCCGCGCCGGGGAGUUUGUGAGCGCCGAGGUCGGCGAGCGAGGUCUGUGGGGGCUGGUGAACAACGCGGGGCGGUCGCUGCCCCUCGGGCCCACGGACUGGCUGCAGCUGGCGGACUUCACUAAGGUGCUGGACGUCAACCUGACGGCCGUGAUCGGCGUGACGCUGGAGCUCCUGCCCCUGCUGAAGAGGGCCCGCGGCAGGGUGGUGAACGUGGCCAGCGUCCUGGGGAGAGUGGCCAUCCUGGGAGGGGGCUACUCCAUCUCCAAGUACGGAGUGGAGUGCUUCUCCGACAUCCUCAGAAUGGAGAUGUCCCACUUUGGCAUCAAAGUGUCGAUCCUGGAGCCAGGCUUCUUCCAGACCGCCGUCACCCGCCACGACCUCAUGGAGGAGAACCUCCGAGCUCUGUGGGACCGCCUUCCCCAGGACGUCCGGGAAGCCUACGGGCCCAAAUACGUUGAACAAUAUCUGAAGUACCAGAAGUUCAACCUGUGGCUGAUGUGCAGCCCAGACCUCACCAAGGUGACCAGCCGCAUGGAGCACGCCCUGACGGCUCGAUAUCCCCGGACCCGCUACGCCGUGGGCUGGGACGCGCGGACCUUCUGGCUCCCGCUGUCCUACUGUCCGACCGUGGUGGCAGACUUCUUCCUCGUCCGGCUGUUCCCGACCCCGAGAGCUGUCUGAGUGGGUACACCCCUUCCUGCGCGGAAGGCUUCUGAAUAACGCAAUCAAAGCACGGAUAAACAUUGUCUAGGAGUUAGCCAUUGUUUCAUGAUUUAUUACUGAAAAACAACCUCCCCGGCUGAAAUAUCAAAGUCAGCAAAGAAGAAAUGAGUUUGAUCAUGCUCAAGUUUCCUCAAAGUAGGCCUACCAUACUCUGUUAUGAAGACCUAUGGUGGUAGGUCGCUCGAAAUGGACAACCUUUUGUCAUAUUUCGUACUGUCUAUUAACUAAAAUGAGGUAUAUUAUACGUGAAAGAUUAAGGAAUGAUACUUUUUGUUCAAUGAAAAAUAUAUAAUAAUGCAAUUUUAAUAAGCUAUCAUGAUUAAACUAUACAACACAA